AUGUUCGCUGCACUGAAGCGUAAGAGACCUGGGGACCAAACCCCCGAGGUCAAAAUAGAGCAAGAUAGUAUGGGUUCAGAAGGCUCAGAGCUCUCUUCUAAAAGCCCAAAGGCGGUAGAGACCGCAGUGGAUGAAGAGAACCUCCAUUUCAAGGGCGAAACAGCCGCCAUUGAACAAGAGACACAUGAUAACCCUGAGAUUGCUGCAUUACCCUUGUCUGUGAGACAUCUGAUCAACUUGACCGAUGACCCCAGCCUACCGACAAUCACCUUCCGUUACUUUGUGCUCUCGAUCAUCUUUGUUAUCCCUGGAGCCUUUCUGUCGCAGAUGAGCAACUUCCGCACAACCAAGGCACCAUACUCCAUCUUCUUUGUUCAAAUCGCCUGUCACUAUGCCGGCCACUUUAUGGCCAGAGUCCUUCCUGAUUGGAAGAUUGGACUACCCGGUACUCGCUUUUCUUUUAGCCUGAACCCGGCCCCAUGGAGCAUCAAGGAGCAUGUAUUGGUCACACUGACUGCAGCUUCUGGGGCUACGUACAACCUGGGAUAUGCUCCCAUCGUCCUCGCAGAGCUUUGGUACGGCACACGAGUAAAUCCGGCGGUUGCGAUAUUUUUCAUGCUUUCAAUCGUAUGGAUUGGCUACUCCUUUGCUGCUUUGGCUCGACAAAUUCUUCUGCCUGACCCGGAAUACAUCUGGCCUAAAGCUUUGAUGCAGACCACCUUGUUCGAAACUUUCCGCAAAACAGACAACUCAUCGGCUCUCGCUCGGCGCCAGAUGAAGGUGUUCUUCUUCGCGCUUCUAGGGAUGACCAUGUGGCAAUUCCUUCCAGAGUAUGUCUUUCCGUUCACCUCAUCCCUCGCCUUCCUCUGCUGGGUGGCACCUCGAAAUCCGGUGGCCAACUUCAUUGGCUCAGGUAUUGGUGGCAUGGGCUUCCUCAAUCUCUCGUUGGAUUGGUCAAAUGUGAACUGGAAUGGAUCCUCAAUCAUGGCGACCCCAUACUGGACGCAGGUCAUCUUGUUCUUGGCAUUUGCUUUCAAUUGUUGGGUCCUCCUUCCUGCAGCAAAGUGGGGGAAUCUGGGUUCCUUCAAGCACGGACUCAUGUCAAACAGCCUUUUCCUGGGCAAUGGUACAACCUACCCAACCCUCGACGUACUCACCCCAGACUAUCACCUGAACGUGACCGCUUAUGAGGAGUAUGGGCCGAUGUAUAUGGGUUUGCAAAAUGUGUGGGCGACAUUUUUCGACUACGCCAAACUUCCAGCAGCGGUCACUUGGAUCUUGACGUUUGGAUACGCACAGGUUUCCGGGAAUCUCCAAAGAAUAUGGUCAUCUCGCAAUGCCGAGAAAUCCACCAAGAACGAAAGCAUCCAUCACCAGUAUCAUGACCGUCUCAACGUGAUCCAAAGACAGUACAAAGAAAUUCCAUGGUGGUGGUAUGCCGCUCUAUUCUCCGUAGCCUUUGUCAUCCUGAUUAUAUUCCUCGCCCUCGGACAUCUCUUCAUCCCAAUCUGGACUUUGUUUGUGGCACUUGCGAGUGCUGCCGUCCUGGUCAUUCCGUUUGCUUGGCUUUACGCCAUUUCCAACUACCAGCUUGAAACUGGCUCUUUCAACGAACUCAUGUACGGCUACAUGGUCCACACAAAAGCCGGCAAGGCCCACCAACACCCUUGUGGUCCUUCUGUCUAUGGGUCUAUCGCGGGUGACGCCUGGUAUCGUGCACAGUAUAUGCUCCAGGACCAAAAGAUUGGUCACUACAUGCACAUUCCACCCCGCGCGGUUUUCUUCUCUCAGGUUUUCGGCACUUGUAUGGGUGUUCCAAUCAACUAUGCCGUCAUUCGUUGGAUCAUGGACACCAAAGGAGAUUAUCUGACUGGCAAGAAAACGGACCCACUGAAUCAAUGGACAGGACAGGCCUUGCGAACUUCCAACACAAUGGGAGUUCAGUACGCUGUGCUUGGUCCAAAGAGGCUUUUUGCUGAGACGGAAAUGGCCGUGCUUCCCUGGUCAUUCCUUAUAGGGGCAGUGAUUCCUCCUGUUCUCUUCUGUUUCCACCGGUUUUUCCCCCGGCUUCGAAUUGACUUGUGGAACGUCAGUAUCUUUUUUGGAGGAUUAGCGAUGUUCUAUGGUAACAUCAGUACUGGUUACACAUCUGCCAUUAUUGGUGGAUAUGUUGUAAUGUAUUGGGCAUACCGUCGCCAUUUCGAGGUCUGGAAGCGGUAUAAUUACCUGCUUGCUGCUGCGUUUGAUGCUGGAUUUAACCUCAACAUGUUGCUCGUCUUCUUCUUUUUCGGAGCAGGCAAGCAAAUUUCGAUGCCAAAAUGGUGGGGCAAUAAUGCGACGUCUGUGGAAAGAUGCUUCGCUCUCGACAGCUGA